AUGCUGAAGGAAAGCAAAAUUAUGGCGAGACAAGCUUCGCGGGUGAUACCGCCAACAGAGUGGAGCUGGACUGAGCCAGCUGAGUCUGUGGCAGGUCGCACCGCGACGCAUCCGCCGACUACCGUCUUCACCUCCAGCGACGAGGAAGAACAGGAGGAGAAGAAGGCCAAAGAAGAGCCUGAGGAGGUCAAGGAAGAAGGGAACACCUCCGACUGGCUUAGUGAGGAGUCAGAGGCUGCGAGCACAGACUCGGAGGACCCAAACGGGGUGGCCGCACUUCUCCGAAAGGACGAGCGCAGAGCAGAGGCGAAGAGGCACCAGAGGGCGCCACCGGAGCCAGCAGAGCCACCAAGGGCCAAGGAGGCGGCGAGGCUGCGAGCAGCAGCACUGGUGGGCAAAGCCACCCGCCUGGCCAGUGGGAGGACUGGUCUGGACAAGGCCAGCAAGAGCAGGGCUGGUCGCAGGCAGCCGCGUGGCCUCAGACCGCGUGGCAGACCACUUUUGGAACGGUAUGGAAAGCUGAAGGAGCCAGUGGAUGAGUCUAAGUUCACCUCUGAGGAGAGUCGGUUGGCUAAGGCUAUGUACACUUUCCUCAUACAGUACUGCCCGGCGUGGGUCUGGCGAAGGCACUUGUCGAACCCCAGUUUUCCCAGUGACAUCUCCCAGUGGAGCACGGCGCUCCAUCAGUGGGAAGCUGAGCUCCGGGAGUUCGAGCGUACCUACAAGGCCACUUUCUCCGAAGAUGAGAAGGUGUCGAUCUUGGCACAUGUUGCGCCGAAGGAGCUGCAGCAAAGCAUUUUCAUGCACAGUGAUGCGCUGGACAGUUAUGGCAAGAUUCGUGAGUGCAUCGAGCAGCAGCAAACAAGAACAGAGAUCAACCUGAUGAUGGAGGUUUGCGACCAAUGGACAUUGGAGGUGUCAAAGGUCGGAGCAGUCGACACCGAGGCUGCUACUGACACUGGUGGAACCGGUGGUUCGAGUGGAGCCAAGGACGGAACUCCUUUGAAAGUGUACGGCAAGCAGUAUCCGCAGGUCAUGUUUGGUCGGACCAGUGGUUCGGUCGAGAUGACUGUGACAGAUGCCGCUGAAAGCCUCGUUUCAGUUCACAGCUUGGUAGCUAAGGGACACAAGGUAGUUUUCAGUCCAGGAGGGUGUUACCUAGAGACGAAGACGGGUGACACCGUACCACUUGAGCUUCAUGGCAAGAGGUGGUAUCUCAAGGUGAUGGACAAGACCGAAGGUCCAGGACCAGUUCGUGGGCGCAUAGCCCCAAUUGGCGAUGAAGUGGACCUUGGGCCUAAGGAGCCCGACAGGUGGAAGAGAGAGGUGAAAGAUGGGGUUGAGUACCUCAUUAGAGAGCACAACAAUCCGAGGAAGCGACUUUUCGCUCCAAAGGUCAAGGACCUUCCAGUGCCGUUGGAGAGGAUUGAGAGCGGAAGGCUCGCGAAGAUGAUCUUCGAAGAAGACGGCUCACAGAAAGAGGACCGCAGCAUGUGGGAAGACAAGCGGUAUGCUAUGAGAGAGAUGAAGCACUCAUGGCUUGGAGAGACCUGGUUCAGGCUAAAGCCUGAGAGGUUUGAUGAGCCAGCUGCUGAAGAAGAGCAGCCGAGUCACGAGGAUGAGUGGAUGCGAGGUCUCGACGAGGCCUACGAGGAAGAAGUGCUUGGAGGAGAGGAAGCUCACGAGCAGAUCGUCGAGGACGAGGAGGAUGCUGAUGAGCGCCUGGCGGUAGACGAAGGAGACGACGACAAGAAAGCCAAGGCGAUUAAGGCACCGAAGGAACCGACAGCUGCAGAGGUGGAGGAGCACAAUCUUCACCACGCCAACUUUGAGAGUUGGUGCCCUGUUUGUGUGAUGGGGCAAGGAAAGAGCAAGCAGCAUCGGAGAAUCAAGGAAGAUCCAAAAGAGCACAUCAUCUACUCAGACUACAUGUUUUUCUCCAAGGAGGGAACAGAAGUGAGCAAAGAAGAAAGCGAGAAGAAGAAGGCUGGGUUGGUGACCGUGUUGACAGCCAUUUGCAAGGACAGCCAGUAUCCUUUUGCAUUGGUGUUGCCAUCCAAAGCCAGCGUGGACUACGCGAGCAAGGCGCUCACGAGCUGGAUCAAGGACCUCAAGUGGGACAAGGUGGUCAUUCAGUUCGACCAGGAAAGCGCUUUGAACAAGAUCUACGAGAAGGUGAAAGCAAGCGUGGGUGACACCAUAACCUUGCGGAGAUCACCGCGAUACAGCUCUCAGUCCUUGGCGGAUGGAGAGAUGAUCAAUGGUCUCAUCGCGGGAAAGGUGCGCACGUGGCUUGCAGAAGUGUCUGAGAAGUACAAGAUGAAGAUCGGUUGUGACAGUGUGUUGUUUCCGUGGAUCGUGAGACACAGCGCAUGGACGCUGGCCCGAUUCCAUAUCAACCACUCUAAGACAACAGCCUUCAGGAUUGUGAAUGGGUAUGAUUACCUCGGAGAGAUGAUGACUUUCGGUCAGGUGGCCAUGGCUAAGUACCCCAAGCAGAAGGACAAGGCAGCCCCGAGAUGGAUUCGGGGAGUGUAUGUGGGGAAGAACGCACUUGGUGAUGAACACCUGUUGCUCACGGAAGCAGGCGUGCAAACCUGCAGGACUGCGCGGAGGUUGCCUGAGAGUUCCCAGUACAGUGUGGAGGUUCUAGAGAAGGCAAGAGGAGUGCCGUGGAACCGGUACUUGGGGAUAGCAACCACCAGAGUUGCGCAAGAGAAGUCCGAGCAGAAAGCAGUCUCAGUCCCAGAGCUGGAGGCUGCAGAGACCGACGACUUUGGGUCUGGUGAUCCAAAGGAAGUGCUGGUUGUUCCAAUGCCAGCACCGCCGCAAGGUGAGAAGCACGUAAAAGAAGUGAGCGAAGAACCAGAGAGCAAGAGAGCAAGGGUGGAACCUGGUGAGGCCAAGCAGCCCGCGGGUGACACCGCUCAAGCUUCAGGUGGACCGGUGCAGUUCAGCAUCGCAACGCCUGAUGCUAGCAUGGGGACAGGCAGUCAAGACCUUAGCCUCUACUCGCCGUCCCUUCCGGGAGACAUGGCUCAGGAUAUGAUAUCCUGCAUCAGCAACCAUGGUGAGUGGAGUGAGGCAAGCACGUGUCUUGGAAAGGAGGACUACGAGCACUACAAGAAAUGGGUAAAGCAGAAUGAGGGAUGCUUUGAUUCGAGCAUGGUCAGCAACAUUAUGGACUACCUGGACACGAUGCAGAUGGAUGAAAGAGAACUCAAGAGAGCGCGGAAGGAAGAGCUGAGAAAGCUCAACGAGGUCUAUGGGGCCUUCACGCCUAGAGAUGGGCGGCAGCUUCCGAGAGACCUGACGGUGUUUGGCCACAAGUGGGUCGACAAGGUGACAGAGGGGAUAGCGAAGUCCAGGCUUACAUGCCAGCAUUUCAAGAAGAAGCAAGAUGCCAACGAAAGGCACAGCUCAGAGUUUCCCUCAAACUUCUGCCCUACGCCGCACGCGACCUCGAGAAAGCUUUUGGAAGUUUACUCUUUGGCUACGAGGAUGCCGAGAGUGAAAGCUGAUUUGAGCUCAGCUUUUCUGAUCGCUAAGGAUGGAGGAGACGCGAAGGGGCAACCGGUGAUGAUGAGGCCACCAAAGGAAUGGCUGGAGGAUUACGAUGAGUGGUAUGCCAAAGCAGAUCCAGAAGUGCAGCGACAGCUGAAAGACACGCCCAAGGAGAGCGUGUUGUGGCAGGUAGAUGGAAAUUUGUACGGCAGACAGUCGGCGGCAGCACAGUACAGAGAUCGCUUGGAGGUCAUUUUGACCAAGGAACUCCCGAAGGGAGUUUAUGAUUUUCGCCGCGGAAAGCUUGAUGCAUGUGUGUUUCGAUGCAGGCGCACAGGUAUAGUUCUGAUUCAUCACAUAGAUGAUUUCGAUGUGUGCGGACCGGCUGCGUUGUUGAACGACUUACUCAAGGUGCAGUUGCCAAAGUGCGGGUGCAAGCUGAAAGUGGGGGAGCUUGAGUGGCCUGGGGAAGCAAGCAGUAGCACAAGUGAGUUUCUUGGUAGGAAGAAGAUCCUAGUUGAGGGUGCUGUGGUGCCGCUUCCAAACGAGAAGCACAUCAAUGACAUUCUUAGGAUGCUAGGACUUGAGGAAGCUAAGCCAAGCCCAGUGCCAGGGAAGAAGCUUAACCUGCAGGACAACAAACCGCUUGAAGGCAAGGCGAAGGAAACCUACGCAAGCUGUGUAGGUAGCACAACUUAUCUGUCACAAGACAGACCAGACAUAAAGUUUGCCUGCAAGGAGCUGGCAAAGCGGAUCAGGGAACCGCGUGAGUGUGACAUGCAAAACCUCAAGGUGCUUGGAAGGUAUCUGCGUGGGACAAUGCACGUAGGACACGUGACCAAGUUGGAUGAGCAAGUGGACCCAGCGGCAGGGAUUCCUCUUCAGGGAUUCUGUGACAGUGACUGGGCCGGGGAUAAAGAGGAUAGGAAAAGCACCAGUGGACAGGUGAUAGUCCUAGGAGGGACUGUCGUGGAGACCUCAGCGAGGACUCAGCAAGGCACCCCAGCUACAAGCUCAGGGGAAGCGGAGGUCAGAGCCUUAACUCAGUGCGCUCAGGACCUGGUGUUUGUGAGGAACUUAGGAGUUGAAGACUUCGGGAUGUCAAUCGAUGUUCCGAGACUGUUCUGCGACAGCAGUGCAGCAAUCCAGGUUGCUAGGCGACUUGGUGUUGGUUUGAUGAGACAUGUGGAUCUAGGACACUUGUACAUACAAGAACUUGUGAAAGAGGAGAGAGUGAUUGUCCAGAAGAUCAAAGGGACAGAGAAUCCUUCAAACGCCUUGACAAAGCAUUUGGCCACGGGAGCCGAAACUGAGGAAGGAAGGGGCAUGUUGGGUCUAGUAACCUUGGACAAGCAAGGGCUGGACAAGCACGUUUCAAAGAACACGAUGCAAUCGGUUGGAGCACUGACAAGCUACAAGAAGUGGCAGCCGCAGCAGUGCACAAGGCUCAGCACAAAGCAGUUCGUUAGUGCUGUUGGUGAUUGUGUACAUGGGUACAACGUGCCCACAUGGAAAGCUCUUUAUGAGCCGGAAAGGACGCAAAGUCCACUCAGACCCUGGGUGUCAAGGUUUGUACAGAGCGGACGACAUCAAGGGAUUUGA